AUGAUACGAUGCCCAGCACUAUCAGAGUUAAAUUUAGGUAGACCUCUUGCGGUACUACAAUCAAUUUCGUGCUUAAAAACCGUCACAAACCACGGCUACAAAAUUUCCUCAACGGGGUUAAUCAUUAAAAAAGUGAAGCUGGCCGGUCAAGAGAUCAUCACCAUCGAGCUACAGGAGGUGGAGGAUGCAUCCGUCGUGCCAGUCGUCGCCGCUGCCGUUUCGGAACCCUCUCCACCUCCUGCGCCGCCGGCCGCCGUACCGGCGAGUACCAGCGAAACCCGUCUCGAUGUUACGCCCACCUCCACGGCUACCCAGAGACCUACGCCUUCGACGUCGCCGCCGAACACCAUGACAGGUAAUCUAUUUACCUCUAAAAACCCUUGGUACUACCUUCCUAUGGUGCCGCUCAUCUAUACAACUGUGAUACUAAUCUUCAACGAGUAG